CUGAUUCCAUGUGCCCUGGCACUUCACAAGCACAUUGCUCACUUCUUUAUUCUCUCUCUCUCUCUCUCUCUCUCUCUUGUACUCAUUCCCCUGCAUUUUAUUUCCAUGCUGUUGCUUCCUGGGCUGCAGUGAAGGAAGGAGGAGCUGUGAGAACACGGUGGAGAGCUCACUGUCACAGCAUUCUUGCUUAGCCAUUGCCUGCUCACUUCUCAGCAAGGCUGACAAGAGUUUAGUUUUUUUUACAGUUUGUAAAUAUUUAUUUUUACAAAGACUUACAGAGGAAAAGGAGAGAGAAAAGCAAACAGGAAGAGAGUUCUGAACAGAAAGGACCUGGCAGCAGACACUGCCACUGAAGUUUUUUGAAGAGAAGUUACUUUUUCUUUUGUUUUUCCUUUGAAGCAGAUUCUUUUUGAUUUAUAUAUUUUUUUCUUCGUACAUUUUUGGACGCACAUUGAAAGAAGAUGGUGGCUGGAAUGUUAAUGCCAUUGGAGAAGUUGCGGGCCAUUUAUGAGCUGCUGUUUCGGGAUGGGGUGCUGGUGACCAAGAAGGACAAACGCCCGCAGAGCCUUCACCCAGAGGUCCCGGAGCUCACCAAUCUGCAGGUGAUCAGAGCGAUGGGCUCCCUCAAAUCCAGAGGCUACGUGCGUGAGACCUUCGCCUGGAGGCACUUCUACUGGUACCUCACCAACGAGGGCAUCGUCUACCUGCGGGAUUACCUGCGUCUGCCGCCCGAGAUCAUUCCAUCGUCUCUGCAGAGGGUGCGCCGGCCUGCCUCCACCCUGAAUGUGGCCCGAAGGACAGCGCGGGUCCAGAUUAUAGAAGGCCCCACUUCUUAUGCUCCAAAACCGUCAUGCAGAGCUGAAGCGGAGGGUCUGGAUUCACUUAUGGAUCGACAGGGGUACCGGAGGAAAAAGGUGGCUAUGGAGGAAGAGGAGAGUAAGACCCAGGUAUCUGCAGUGAGAGCUUCUCAGCCACCCCGCGAGCUCCACACCUCUAAACCAGCAUCUGCUGCUGAAGGAUCAGCCUCCUUCAUGGAUCGACAGAGUAGUCACAAGGAGAAGGUGGUGGUGGUACAGGAAACGUUUCAAAUCAAGAACGUUUCUGCAGGGACAGGAUCACAGAAGGCCCCCAAGACCCACACCUCUAAACCAGCAGAAUGGGGAGCAGAGGACCAGGUUUCUCUCAUGGAUAAUCAGGGAGACCGUAAGGAGGUGACAGUGAUACAGGAAAGGAUCACAGUUCACAGUUCUGCAGGAGCAAUCACCAAAAAGGCCUCAGCAGUGAGUGUAUCCCAGGAGGCCCCCAAGCUGCAAGUCAAUAAACAACCCUCGAGAACCAGCACCAAAGCACCGGCCCUUGUCUCAGAUCAUCAGGAGACACUCAAGAAAGAGGUGAAAGUGCUAGAAGAAGAGAAUAAAGUUCAAAAGAGCUUAGUGAAAUAUUCCCGGGACACCCCUAAACCAUGCUUGGGAGACGGUGUCUGGGAUCGUCAGGAGCCUCUUAAGAAGGAGGUGAAGGAAGCUGAGAAAAAAAUGAAAGUGCAGACGGGUUGUUUAAAACAUUCUCCACCACCUCCAGGGCCAGCCACCCCCAAAUCAUCUUCUGGAGCAGGUGCUGAGAGCCCAGCCUCUAUGUUGGAAGGUCAGGAGCCAUCUAUAAAGGAUGUGAAGGUAGAGGAGGAAAAUAUUAAAAUACAGAAAAGCUCAGUGAAAGCUUUUCAGCCACUCCCCAAGCUGGGCUCCUCUAAAUCAGCAAGCACUGAGGCCCCAGCCCCAACCUUGGAUCAGGAGCCACUGAAGGAGGUGAAGAUAGCAGAGGAAAAGAUUACAGUGGAGAAGAGCUCAGUGAAAGGUUGCCAGCCCAAACCAGUCACCCCAAAGCCAUCUUCAGGAGCUCAGGGCCAGGACUUCAUAUUGAUUCAGAAUGAUGUGACGGUGGUGGAGGAGAGCAUUCUGAUUCAGAAUGUUACAAUAUUGAAGAACAAAGAGCUCUUUACAAAGACUGAAACCCAGGAGACCACUGAACUAUACACUCCUAAGCCCAACUCAGAGGCUCCGUCUGGCUCUACAGAGGAUCAGUGGUCUUGUGAGGAAAAGAUUCAGGUCCAAAAGGUCUCAGCAGUGAGUGAAACCCAACAGGCCCCUGAACCAUCAGGCCCCUCUAAACCAUCACUGGGAGCUGAACAGACUGCCUCUAAACCAUCACUGGGAGCUGGACAGACUGCCUCUAAACCAUCACUGGGAGCUGAACAGACUGCCUCUAAACCAUCACUGGGAGCUGAUUCUAAGGUCCCGGGCUCCAUCUCGCAUCACCAGGAACAGGACCUGAUGGGAAUGGAGGAAGUACAAGAGAACACUGCAGUGGGAGGAUCUGAUAUGAACCCAGAGCCUAUCACUGUGGAAGAUGAACGAGACAGAGUGCAGAAGAAGACUUUCACGAAAUGGGUGAACAAGCACCUGAUGAAGGCCCAGCGCCACAUCAGUGACCUGUAUGAAGACCUCAGAGAUGGACACAACCUGAUCUCGCUGCUGGAGGUCCUCUCGGGGGAGAACCUGCCCCGGGAGAAAGGGCGUAUGCGUUUCCACAAGCUGCAGAAUGUACAGAUGGCACUGGACUUCCUCAAACACCGCCAGGUUAAACUGGUGAAUAUCCGAAAUGAUGACAUUGCAGACGGAAACCCCAAACUGACCCUGGGGCUGAUCUGGACCAUAAUCCUCCACUUCCAGAUCUCUGAUAUCCAGGUGUGCGGGCAGUCGGAUGACAUGACAGCCAAAGAGAAGCUCCUGCUGUGGUCCCAGAGAAUGGUGGAGGGCUACCAGGGUCUGCGCUGUGACAACUUCACCACCAGCUGGAGGGACGGCAAGCUCUUCAACGCAGUGAUCCACAAGCACAGGCCGAUGCUGAUCGACAUGAAGAGAGUGUACCGACAGACGAACCAAGAGAACCUGGAGCAGGCCUUCACCGUGGCAGACAGGGAGCUGGGGGUCACCCGACUGCUGGACCCAGAAGACGUGGACGUCUCCAAUCCUGAUGAGAAGUCCAUCAUUACAUAUGUCUCCUCUCUCUACGAUGCCAUGCCACGCGUCCCUGACGUCCAGGAUGGGGUCAAAGCCAACGAACUGGAGCUCCGAUGGCAGGAGUACUAUGAGCUGGUCACCUUACUGCUGCAGUGGAUUCGACACCAAGUCAUCGUCUUGGAAGAGAGGAAGUUCCCCAGCAGCUAUGAGGAGAUAGAGAUCCUGUGGCGGCAGUUCCUGAGGUUCAAGGAAACUGAACUCCCAGCUAAGGAGGCUGACAAGAAUCGCUCCAAGCUCGUCUACAAGUCCUUUGAGGGUGCUGUGCAGUCCGGACAGGUCAAGGUCCCUCCCGGUUACCAUCCCAUCGACGUUGAGAAGGAAUGGGGCCGCCUCCACGUGGCGAUACUGGAGAGAGAGAGGCUGCUCAGGACAGAAUUCGAGAGGCUGGAGAGGCUCCAGAGAAUCGUCAGUAAGAUCCAGAUGGAGUCAGGGGUGUGUGAGGAGCAGCUGAACCAGGUGGACUCUCUCUUACAGAUGGAUAUCCGUAUGCUGAAUGCUGGGAAAGUGCCUCAGAACUCGGGUGAGACCGAGAAGGAGCUCGACAAAGCGGACGGGAUGAUCCGCCUCCUCUUCAACGACGUGCAGGCCCUGAAGGAUGGGCGCCACCCCCAGGCUGAGCAGAUGUACAGGAGGGUUUACCACCUCCAUGAACGCUUGGUGGCUCUGCGCACCGACUACAACCUGCGGCUCAAGGCUGGUGCUUCACAGUCUUCGAUCACCAUGACUCAGCAGAGCAUGACCCAGCACAGCUCACGGCAGAGAUCGGAGCUGGAUGAUGUGACGCUGCACUACGUUCAGGACCUGCAGGGCUGGGUGGAGGAGAACCAGAGGCGUAUCGACGGGGCUGAGUGGGGGGUCGACCUGCCCUCUGUGGAGUCCCAGCUAGGCAGCCAUCGAGGCUUGCACCAGUCCAUUGAGGACUUCCGCUCCAAGAUCGAGCGGGCACGCGCUGACGAGAAUCAGCUGUCCCCUAUCAGCAAGGGUUCCUACAGAGAAUACCUCGGGAAGCUGGAUCUACACUAUGCUAAGCUGCUGAAUUCCUCCAAGUCACGCCUCCGUCACCUGGACAACCUCCACGGCUUUGUGUCUUCAGCCACCAAAGAGUUAAUGUGGCUAAACGACAAGGAGGAGGAAGAGGUGAACUAUGACUGGAGUGACCGCAACACCAACAUGUCGGCCAAGAAAGACAACUACUCGGGUCUGAUGCGAGAGCUGGAGCAGAAAGAGAGGAAGAUCAACAGCACUCAGGCCACUGGAGAGCAGCUGCUGAAGGAGGGAAACCCUGGCAGGAAGACUGUCGAGGCAUUCAUGGCAGCUCUCCAGACACAAUGGAGCUGGAUACUGCAGCUGUGCUGCUGCAUUGAGGCGCACCUCAAGGAGAACACGGCCUACUUCCAGUUCUUCUCAGAUGUGAAAGAGUCUGAGGAGUACCUGAAGAAGAUGCAGGAGUCCAUGAAGAAGAAGUACAGCUGUGACCGGACGGUCACCGUCACCCGUCUGGAGGACCUGCUGCAGGAUGCCAUGGAUGAGAAGGAGCAGCUCAAUGAGUACAAAGGACAGCUGGCCGGUCUCAACAAGCGUGCGAAGACCAUCGUUCAGCUCAAGCCUCGCAAUGCUGCCAACCCUUUGAAGAGCAAGCUUCCUCUCCAGGCUGUGUGUGACUUCAAGCAGAUGGAGAUCACUGUUCACAAGGGGGACGAGUGUGUUCUGCUGAAUAACUCCCAGCCCUACAAGUGGAAGGUGCUGAAUGCUUCCGGUAACGAAGCUGUGGUGCCGUCUGUCUGCUUCCUCAUCCCACCUGCCAACAAGGAGGCCCUUGAUGCAGUCAGCAGCCUGGACUCCAGCCACCAGAAGCUGGUGACCAUGUGGCAUCACCUGCACAUCGAUAUGAAGAGCAUGCUGUCUUGGCAGUACCUGAUUCGGGACAUCCAGCAGAUCAAGUCCUGGAACAUCACCAUGUUCAAGACCAUGAAGCCGGAGGAGUACACACUGAUCCUGCGCAAUCUGGAGCUGCACUACCAGGACUUCAUGCGGGACAGCCAGGACUCGCAGCUCUUCGGGGCUGAUGACCGCAUGCAGAUAGAGAGUGACUACAGCAGGACGUCGCAGUACUAUGACAGGCUGCUCCGCACGCUCGAGAAAGGGGAACAUGACGAGUCCGUGUGUAAGAGCUUCAUCACCCAAAUGAAGGAUAUCCGUCUGCAGCUGGAGGGCUGCGAGUCCCACACCAUCCACAAGAUCCACUCUCCCCUUGACAAGGACCCCCUGAAGGACUGUUUCCAGAGGAUCGCUGAGCAGAAGCAAAUUCAAGUGGAGCUGGAGGGGAUCAAGAAGAACCUGAACAAGGUGACUGAGAAGACAGAAGCCGUCCUGGCCUCUCCCGAGCAGUCGGUUUCUGCCCCGGUCUUGCGUUCUGAACUGGACGUCACCCUGCAGAAGAUGGACCAGGUCUACAGCCUGUCCACUGUCUAUCUGGACAAGCUGAAGACCAUCGACCUGGUGAUCCGCAGCACACAAGAGGCCGAGGAACUGGUCAAGAAGUACGAGGACCGUCUGAGAGAGGUCAACAACGUUCCUGCUGACGCCAAGGAGCUGGAGACCUACCGCACGCAGCUCAAGAAAACCCGCAGCGAGGCUGAGGGACGCCAGCCUGUGUUUGACGGUCUGGAGGCCGAGCUGACCAGUGCUUCAGCAGUGAGCGAGCGCCUGUCCCGCGUGCACAGCGAGCGCGACCUCGACCUGGAUCGAUACCGCCUGUGUGUGAGCAGCCUGCUGGAGCGCUGGCAGGGCAUCUUCACACAGCUAGACCUGCGCCAGCGUGAGCUGGAGCAGCUGGGCCGCCAGCUCCGCUACUACCGUGAGAGCUACGACUGGCUCAUCACCUGGAUCACUGACGCCAAGCAGCGGCAAGAGAACAUCCAGGCUGUGUCCAUCAGCAACAGCAAGACGCUGAAGGAGCAGCUGACUCAGGAGAAGAGACUACUGGAAGAGAUCGAGAAGAACAAAGACAAGGUGGAUGAGUGCCAGAAAUACGCCAAGGGGUACAUCGACACAAUCAAGGACUAUGAGCUUCAGUUGGUGACGUACAAAGCCAUGGUGGAACCACUGGCCUCUCCUGUCAAGAAGACCAAAGUGGAAUCUGCUGCUGAUAACAUUAUCCAGGAGUAUGUAACCCUGAGGACCCGCUACAGUGAACUGACUACCCUAACCAGCCAGUACAUCAAGUUCAUCACAGAGACCCAGCGACGCCUGGAGCAGGAUGAGAAGGCAGCUGUGAAACUUAAAGAGGAGGAGAUGAGAAAGAUGGCAGAAAUGCAAGCUGAGUUAGACAAGCAGAAGCAGUUGGCCGAGGCUCAUGCCAAAGCUAUUGCCAAGGCUGAGAAAGAGGCCCAGGAGCUGAAGCUCAAGAUGCAGGAGGAGGUCACCAGGAGAGAGGCGGUGGCUGUUGAUGCUGAGCAACAGAAGCAGAACAUCCAGCAGGAGCUGCAGCAGCUCAAGAACAACUCGGUCACGGAAAUCAAGUCCAAGACCCAGCAAGUGGAGGAAGCCCUUUCAAGCCGCACCAGGAUUGAGGAGGAAAUCCGGCUGAUCAGGAUUCAGUUGGAGACUACCGUCAAGCAGAAAUCUAAUGCUGAAUCUGAGCUUCAGCAGCUGAGGCAAAGGGCCGAGGAGGCGGAGAGGCAGAGAAAAGCCGCCCAGGAAGAGGCUGAAAAACUCCUCAAACAGGUGAAAGAAGAGUCCCAGAAAAAGCGUCAGGCUGAGGAAGAGCUGAAGAAAAAAGUAGAAGCAGAAAAAGAAGCUGCCAGGCAAAAGCAAAAGGCUAUGGAGGACCUGGAGAAACUGAAAAUGCAGGCGGAAGAGGCAGAACGAAGGAUGAAACAAGCAGAGAUAGAAAAGGAUAGGCAAUUUAAGGUUGCCCAAGAGGUAGCACAAAAGAGUGCUGCGGCAGAGCUUCAGAGCAAACGCAUGUCCUUCGCUGAAAAGACAGCACAGUUGGAACAGUCUCUUAAGCAGGAGCAUGUCACUGUCACUUACCUUCAGGAGGAGGCGGAGCGUCUCAAGAGGCAGCAGGAGGAGGCAGAUAAUGCCAGAGAGGAAGCAGAGAAAGAACUAGAAAAAUGGAGACAGAAGGCCAACGAGGCCCUCAGAUUGAGGCUCCAAGCAGAGGAAAUAGCCCAUAAGAAGAGCCUGGCACAAGAGGAUGCGGAAAAACAGAAAGAGGAGGCUGAGCGAGAAGCCAAGAAGAGAGCCAAGGCUGAGGAAGCUGCCUUGAGGCAAAAAGAGAUGGCGGAGCAUGAGCUGGAGAAGCAGAGGCAAAUUGCAGAGGGCACCGCUCAGCAGAAACUAUCAGCUGAACAGGAACUCAUCCGACUGAGAGCUGAGUUUGAACACGGUGAACAGCAGAGAUCCCUACUUGAGGAAGAGCUUUACCGCCUCAAAAAUGAGGUCAACGAGGCAGUGCAACAAAGAAAACUGCUGGAAGACGAACUAACCAAAGUUAGGGCUGAAAUGGAGAUCCUCCUUCAGUCAAAGUCUAAGGCUGAAAAGGAGACGAUGUCUAACUCUGAGAAGAGCAAGCAGCUGCUUGAGGCUGAGGCCGCUAAGAUGAGGGAGCUUGCUGAAGAGGCCAUGAAGCUUCGGUCUAUCUCUGAAGAGUCCAAGAAACAGAGGCAACUAGCAGAGGAGGAAGCAGCUCGACAGAGAGCAGAGGCUGAAAGAAUCCUAAAGGAAAAGCUGGCCGCAAUCAACGAAGCCACACGCUUAAAAACAGAAGCAGAGAUCGCCCUGAAAGAGAAAGAGGCUGAAAAUGAGCGCCUGAGAAGGCAGGCAGAAGAUGAGGCUUACCAAAGAAAGAUCCUGGAGGAGCAAGCAUCCCAACACAAGCAAGAUAUUGAGGAGAAGAUUCAUCUUCUCAAGAAGUCUUCAGAGUCUGAACUGGAGAGGCAGAAGGCUAUAGUGGAUGAGACUUUAAAACAGAGGAGGAUUGUCGAGGAAGAGAUACGGAUACUGAAGAUCAGCUUUGAGAAAGCCUCAUCCGGCAAGCUGGACCUGGAGCUGGCACUAAACAAACUGAAAAACAUUGCAGAUGAGACACAGCAUAGUAAGGAGCAGGCUGAGAAAGAAGCUGAAAAGCAACGUCAGCUGGCUCUUGAGGAAGAAAACAGACGUAAGGAGGCAGAAGAGAAGGUGAAGAAGAUUGCGGCUGCUGAGGAAGAAGCUGCCCGUCAACACAAGGCAGCUCUGGGUGAAGUUGAACGCCUCAAGAAGAAAGCCGAGGAGGCUAGGAAGCAGAAAGAACUUGCUGAGAAAGAGGCAGAGAAGCAGAUUCAGCUAGCACAACAGGCUGCCGAGAAACGCAUUGCUGCUGAAGAGAAGGCCCACAUUGUUCUUGUGCAGCAGAAAGAACAGGAGCUAAUGCAGACCAGGAUGCAGGAACAGUCCAUCCUGGAUAAGCUGAAGGAGGAUGCAGAAAAAGCCAAGAAGAUGGCAGAAGAAGCAGAAAAGGCUAAACAGAAGGCACAGCAGGAAGCGGCCCGUUUCCGACAGCAAGCUGAAGAGGCUGAGCGUCAGAAGCAAGCAGCUGAAGUUGAAGCCACCAACCAAGCUGAGGCCCAACACAAUGCAGAACAACGGCGAAAGGAAGCAGAGUUUGAGGCAGCUAAGCGUGCCCAGACUGAGGCUGCAGCUUUGAAACAGAAGGAAUUAGCAGAUGCUGAGAUGGAGAAGCACAAAAAGCUUGCAGAACAAACUGUGAAGCAAAAGGCUCAAGUUGAGAAAGAACUGACAAAGGUGAAGCUACAGCUGGAAGAGACAGAUACACAGAAGGGCCUUCUGGAUGAGGAGCUGCAUCGCCUCAAGGAUGAAGUUACUGACGCUGUCAGACAGAAAGCUCAAGUUGAAGAGGAGUUGUUCAAGGUCCGAAUCCAAAUGGAGGAGCUCAUAAAACUGAAGAUCAGAAUUGAGAAUGAAAACCAGAUGCUGAUGAAAAAAGACAAGGACAGCACCCAACAGUUCCUGCAAGAGGAGGCAGAAAAUAUGAAAAAGCUGGCAGAGGAAGCCGCCCGCCUCAGCGUGGCAGCCCAAGAGGCUGCUCGUUUGAGGCAGAUAGCAGAAUCUGACUUGGCUCAACAGCGGGCCCUUGCAGAGAAAAUGUUGAAAGAGAAAAUGCAGGCCAUCCAAGAGGCAUCCAGACUGAAAGCAGAGGCAGAGAUGCUCCAGAGACAGAAAGACCUAGCCCAGGAGCAGGCCCAGAAGCUCUUGGAGGACAAGCAGCAGAUGCAGCAACGACUAGAAGAGGAGACAGAAGGGUUCCAAAAAACCCUGGAGGCCGAGCGCAGGAGACAGCUGGAGAUCACAGCUGAGGCAGAGAAGCUAAAGCUAAAGGUGUCUCAACUGAGUGAUGCUCAGUCCAGAGCUGUGGAGGAAGCCAAGAAGUUCAAGAGGCAGGCAGAUGAGAUCAGUUCUCGUCUCCAUGAGACUGAGCUCUUCAACAAACAGAAAUUUGCUGUGGUAGAGAAGCUGGAGGUCCAACGACUCCAGAGCAACAAAGAGUCCGAUGACCUCCGCAGAGCCAUCGCUGAACUUGAGAAAGAGAAGGCAAAACUGAAAAAAGAAGCUAAUGACUUACAGAAGAAAACUGCAGAGAUGGCAGUUGCCCAGCAGGAACAGAUCAAGCAGGAGACUCAUAUUCUUCAAAAGACUUUCAUAACAGAAAAGGAGAUGCUCAUAAAGAAGGAGAAAUUUAUUGAGGAAGAGAAAUCAAAGCUGGAAAAACAGUUUGAGGAGGAGAUGAAAAAGGCCAAGGCUCUUAAAGAUGAGCAGGAGCGGCAGAGGAAGCAGAUGGAGGAGGAGAAGAAGAAGCUUCAGUCCACCAUGGACGCCGCUCUGAAGAAACAACAAGAUGCCGAGGAGGAGGUCCGCAGCAAACAGAAUGAGCUACAGGAGCUGGAGAAGAAAAGACUGGAGCAGGAGAAAUUGCUGGCUGAGGAGAACCGGAAACUACGUGAAAAAUUGCAGCAGCUCCAGAGUGUAAAUGGCGGGGACGCAGUUGAUUCAUUGGGCAGCCCCAAGCAAAAUGGAGAAGCAGGACCAGCUUUUGAUGGCAUUCGUGAAAAGGUCCCUGCCAGCAGACUUCUUGCAGUUGGAAUCUUGAACAUAAAGCUUAUGGAUAAACUGAAGAAAGGUCAAACCACUGUGGAAGAACUCGCCAAGACUGAGAACCUGAAGAAUUACCUGCAAGGAAAGAACAGCAUUGGGGGAGUCUUGCUAAAGCCAAACCAGAAAAUGAGCCUUUAUCAAGCUUUAAAGAAUAAAAUAAUUACACCAGGGACUGCCAUGAUCCUGUUGGAAGCCCAAGCUGCCUCUGGGUACAUUAUUGACCCAAUAAAGAAUAAAAAGCUUUCAGUCGAUGAAGCUGUAAAAGAGGGCCUAAUUGGACCAGAGCUGCACAACAGUAUGCUCUCAGCAGAAAGAGCAGUCACAGGCUAUAAAGAUCCCUACACAGGUAACAAGAUCUCCCUCUUCGAAGCCAUGAAAAAGGGCCUGAUUAUAAAGGAACAUGGCAUUCGCCUGUUAGAGGCACAGAUAGCUACAGGUGGCAUAAUUGACCCAGUGAACAGCCACCGUGUACCAAUUGAGACUGCAUAUAAGCUGGGCUUCUUUGACGCAGAAAUGAACAAGAUCUUGUCUGACCCGAGUGAUGACACCAAAGGAUUUUUUGAUCCAAACACUCAGGAAAACCUCACUUACCUGCAGCUGAUGGAGAGAUGUGUAACAGAUCCCGAAACCGGUCUUUACCUCCUUCCUAUAACAGAGAAAGCAGCCAAAAGUGAGCAAACCUACACAGAUGAAGAAACGAAAGAUGUGUUUAGAAAAGCCACUGUCUCCGUUCCAUUUGGGAGAUUCAAGGGCAAGACUGUCACCAUAUGGGAAAUCAUCAACUCUGAGUAUUUCACUGAGGAGCAAAGAAGGGAUCUCAUUCGGCAGUACAAGACAGGGAAAAUCACUGUGGAGAAAAUAAUCAAGAUCAUCGUCACAGUGGUGGAAGAGGGCGAGAAAAAGAAACAAGUUGCAUUUGAGGGUCUUCGGACUUCUGUCCCCGCGAAUGAACUCUUGGAGUCCAAAAUCAUUGACAAAGACUUGUACAACCAGUUACACCAGGGCAAAAAAUCUAUUAAGGAUGUGUCUGAGCUGGAGCCAGUUAAGAAGUGCCUGAGAGGUACAAACAGCAUUGCUGGGGUUGUGAUCGAGUCAACCAAGGAGAAGUUACCCAUUUAUCAGGCCAUGAAGAAAGACUUUCUGCGACAGGGGCCUGGACUUGCUCUCUUAGAGGCCCAAGCUGCCACUGGCUAUAUUAUCAACCCAGUCACCAAUGAGAAGCUUACUGUUGAUGAGGCUGUCAAAGCACGUCUUGUUGGCCCUGAGCUGCAUGAUAAGCUGCUAUCUGCAGAGAGAGCUGUGACUGGGUUCAAGGAUCCUUACACUGGAAGCACUGUCUCCUUGUUCCAGGCCAUGCAAAAGGCCCUGAUUCACAAAGACCAGGGAAUACGUUUGCUAGAUGCCCAGUUGGCAACCGGAGGUGUCAUUGACCCGGUCAAAAGCCAUCGUGUUCCAGUGGAUAUUGCCUGCAAGCGUGGAUAUCUUGAUGAUGAGAUGAACAAGAUCCUCUCAAAUCCAACCGAUGACACUAAAGGUUUCUUUGACCCUAACACACAGGAGAAUGUGACAUAUCUACAGCUGAUGAAAAGAUGUGUCAUGGACAAAGACACUGGUCUCUGCUUGCUGCCCCUCUCAGAGAAAGCUAUUAAAGCCAAGGAAGAGCAGACACGCUCUGAUAUCCAGACUAAAGAAGCUCUGAACCAGGCUACGGUGGAGGUGCAAUCUGGACCCUUCAAAGGAAAAAGAGUGACCAUCUGGGAAAUCAUCAACUCUGAAUAUUUGACAGAAGAACAAAGGAUUGAGCUGAUUAGACAGUACAGGACAGGCAAGAUGACUAUGGAAAAUAUCAUUAAGCUUGUGAUUACUAUCAUUGAUGAAACAGAGACCAAGAAACAACAGCAGGUUAGCUUUAAUGGCCUGAGAGCGCAAGUCCCAGCUAGCUCAUUGUUUGACUCCAAUAUUAUUGACAAAGCUACAUACGACCAGCUCCAGCAGGGUAAGAAGACACCAAAAGAAGUCUCUGAAAUCGAUUCAGUGAAGAAAUACCUGCAAGGGACCAACAGCAUUGCUGGCAUCUAUGUGGAGCCUACAAAAGAAAAAUUGACCAUUUACCAAGCUAUGAAUAAACAUUAUAUAAGACCAAGCACAGCUGUUGGUUUGCUGGAAGCACAAGCAGCUACUGGAUUUAUAAUUGAUCCAAUCAAAAACCAAAAGCUCACAGUACAUGAUGCUGUCAAGGCAGGUAUUGUUGGCCCAGAACUCCAUGAAAAACUUCUCACCGCUGAAAAAGCAGUAACUGGUUACAAAGAUCCUUAUACUAGAAAUAAAAUCUCUGUCUUCCAAGCAAUGCAGAAGGAUCUGGUCCUAAAAGAACAAGCAAUUAGACUCCUGGAAGCUCAGAUUGCCACUGGGGGCAUCAUUGAUCCAGUAAACAGCCACCGUGUGCCUAUUGAGGUGGCCUACAAACGGGGAUAUUUUGACCAAGAAAUUAACAAGAUGCUCUCUCACCCUUCAGAUGAUACCAAAGGUUUUGUUGAUCCAAACACUAAUGACAAGCUCACCUACCAGCAGCUGAAAGAAGGGUGCAUUAGAGACCCUGACACUGGACUCUGCUUUAUCCUACUUAAAAAGACAGAGGCACCAUCAGUGGUGGAGAAGACUUUUAUGUACACUGAAGAACAAACCAUGAACGAAUUUGACAAAACCCAAGUUGAAAUUCCUCUUGAUAGCCAUGCUGGGAAGUCAAUGUCCCUCUGGGAUGUCAUGAACUCUGACCUAAUUCCAGAAGAGGAAAGGAUUAAACUUUUGGAAGAGUAUCGGUCAGGCAGUAUCACAAAGGAACGCAUGGUCAUUAUCAUUAUUGAAAUUAUUGAGCAGAGAGAGAUCAUUAGGCAUGAACAGAGCAUUUCUUGUGAUGUUAUCCGACGCAAGAUUACUAUUGAAGAACUAUACAGUGCCAGGAUCAUUGACCUUGAAACGUAUAACUUGCUCAAACAAGGAAAGAAGACCAUAAGAGAAAUCAUGGAAACUGAGAUUGUUAAACGUUACCUGUUUGGCACCGGCAGUAUUGCUGGUUUUCUGGCCUCAAACGAAAAGGUCAGCAUCUAUCAGGCAAUGAAGAGAGGUCUGAUUAAGCCUGAAGUAGCCUUUGGUCUUUUGGAAGCUCAAGCAGCAACUGGGUUCAUGAUUGACCCAGUAAAAGAUGAAAUGUUAACAGUUGACGAGGCUGUUAGAAAGAAUGUCGUUGGGCCAGAGAUCCAUGAUAAGCUCCUCUCAGCUGAGAGAGCAGUCACGGGUUACAGGGACCCUUACAGUGGGAAAACCAUCUCCCUUUUCCAGGCCAUGAAGAAAGACUUGAUCUCUGAAGAGUAUGCCCUCAAGUUACUUGAAGCUCAGUUUGCCACAGGUGGCAUCAUGGACCCAGAAUACAAUUUCCACUUGCCAACAGAAGUUGCCUUGCAACGGGGGUACAUGAAUAAGGAAACAAAUGAGAAGAUUUCUGAUCCAAGUGGGGAUAUCAAAGGCUACCUGGACCCUGUCACUGAGGAAAAGCUUUCCUAUGCUCAGCUGCUCAAGAGAUGCAAGAUUGACAUGGGCACCGGCCUCCGUCUGCUAUCGCUGUCAGAUAGGAGGUUGACGUUUAAAGGCUUGAGAAAGCAGAUUACCAUGGAAGAGCUUGUGCGUUCUGAGAUUAUAGAUCAGAAGACAGUUCAGCAGCUCCAGGAAGGUUUGACUACUGUUGAAGAAGUAAGCAGGAAACUUCAAAAUUACCUGGAAGGCACCAGCUGUAUUGCUGGAGUCUUUGUUGAAUCCACUAAAGAUCGCCUUUCAGUCUAUCAAGCAAUGAAGAAGAACAUGAUUAGGCCAGGGACUGCUUUUGAACUUCUGGAAGCUCAAGCUGCUACUGGAUAUGUGAUUGACCCAAUAAAGAACCAGAAGCUGACAGUCAAUGAGGCUGUCCUGAUGGGAAUUGUAGGCCCUGAGUUCAAAGAUAAACUGCUGUCUGCUGAGAGAGCUGUAACAGGUUACAGAGACCCAUAUUCUGGCAAAAUUAUUUCUCUGUUCCAGGCCAUGAAAAAAGGGCUGAUCUUAAAGGACCAUGGCAUCCGUCUUAUUGAAGCUCAGAUUGCUACUGGAGGUAUCAUCGAUCCAGAGGAAAGCCAUCGCUUGCCAGUAGAGGUGGCAUACAAACGCGGCCUGUUUGAUGAGGAGAUGAACAAGAUCCUUUCAGACCCCAGUGAUGACACAAAAGGUUUCUUUGACCCAAACACAGAGGAGAAUUUGACUUACCUGCAGCUGAUGGAGAGGUGCUUCACAGACCCUGAGACAGGCCUGGUCCUACUGUUUCUAAAAGAGAAGAAACGGGAAAGGAAGACUUCUUCUAUGUCUUCUGUCCGCAAACGCAGAGUGGUUAUUGUGGAUCCCGACACAGGCAAAGAGAUGUCUGUGUAUGAAGCUUAUCGCAAGGGACUUAUUGACCACCAGACCUACCUGGAGCUUUCAGAGCAGGAGUGUGAGUGGGAAGAAAUAACCAUCUCUUCCUCUGAUGGUGUGGUCAAAUCCAUAAUAAUCGACAGGAGGUCUGGCCGGCAGUAUGACAUUGAUGAUGCUCUUUCCAGAGGCCUCAUCAAUCAGUCUUCCUUGGAUCAGUAUCGCUCUGGUAGUCUCUCCAUCACAGAGUUUGCUGACAUGUUAUCAGGCAACAUGGGUGGGUUCCGUUCCAGAUCCUCCUCCAUCGGAUCAUCCUCCUCCUAUCCAAUGAGUCCCCUCCCAUCAAUCAGUACCCCUGCAACUACAUGGAGUGACCCUACUGAGGAAACAGGUCCAGUUGCUGGAAUCCUAGACACUGACACAUUAGAGAAGGUUUCCAUUACCGAAGCCAUUCACCGCAACCUAGUAGACAACAUCACUGGUCAAAGACUCUUGGAGGCCCAGUCUUGCACAGGAGGCAUAAUUGAUCCCAACACUGGGGAAAAGUUCCCUGUGGCUGAUGCCAUGAAUAAGGGGUUGGUGGACAAAAUCAUGGUGGACCGCAUCAACCUGGCCCAAAAGGCCUACCAUGGAUUUGAAGACCCAAGAACCAAGACAAAGAUGUCUGCUGCCCAGGCCUUAAAGAAAGGUUGGCUAUACUAUGAAGCUGGCCAACGCUUCCUGGAAGUCCAGUAUCUCACUGGCGGGUUGAUUGAACCUGAUGUGGCUGGCAGAGUCCAGCUGGAUGAGGCCAUCAGGAAGGGAACCUUGGAUGCCCGCACUGCACAGAAGCUCAGAGACGUCAGCGCUUACUCCAAAUACCUGACCUGCCCCAAAACCAAACUGAAGAUCUCCUACAAGGACGCCAUGGACAGGAGCAUGGUUGAAGAAGGCUCUGGGCUGCGUCUGCUAGAGGCCUCUUCAGAGUCAUCCAAAGGGCUGUACAGCCCCUACAACGCCAGUGCCUCUGGGUCAGCCUCCGGAUCCCGGUCCGGGUCCAGAACUGGAUCAAGAACAGGAUCAAGACGGGGCAGCUUCGAUGCCACUGGAACUCCAUUCUCCACGUCCUUCUCCUCAUCCUCCUACAGCUCCUCAAGCUAUGGUCGUCGAUACGACACCGGGCCUCUCAGUGGAUUGAGCUUGGAUAAGCUUGCACAAGGCCAUUACUAGUGCUGUAUAAAUCUUACUACCUUUCUAUCUUUUAUUUCUACCUGUUCAUCCUCUAUUCUAAACCAAACCAUUGGCUCAAAGAUUCAUUCAGUGCAGAAACAACACCUGUUUUUAUUGUUCUGUUUUGCUAGCCUUUUCAAUAAUAGCAUUUUAAUCAGUUUUAACUUUGAAUGACUAAUGUAACAUAUUUUUGUGACUAGCUACAGAACAUUUCCCACUAUACUUGACCUCAACCUUGAUCAAUUGCAUUUUCCAGCCUUAACUUCUUCAGAAAUUAUUUUUAUUACCUUUUUAUUAAGAUUAUUUUCUCUUAGCCACAUUUUAUGUUAAAAGAAUAUAUAUAUAUAUAUAUAUAUAUAUAUAUAUAUAUAUAUAUAUAUAUAUAUAUAUAUAUUCUUAUACAUAUACAGAAUAAACACACCAGCCACAUAAAAGACAACAUUUGGGAAAAGGAAAACACUGACAGUAAAUGCUUCAAGACACCAAGCUUUUACAUCUUCAAUAUAACACUGCUAUGGUUAGCCCUCUGUCAAGCCAAAGCAAGGACUCAAGCAAUUGUGCAGCCUCCAAACUUCAUGGAAAAACACAUAUUACCUACAUUCAUGUACGGCAAGACGUAUCACCAGCCUAUAACCUUUCAGCACCCUUCUCAGGAACCCCUCCUGUUCUCUAUAGAAAUACAUAGGGAUCCUGUUCUAUAGAAAUAGAUGGUGACUCUCCACCACUCAGGCCAAAGGAUAAAGCAUGCCUGCUGUAGCUCAAAAAAGCAAAUAAGACUUUGAAAUGUUGGAUUUGUGGCUUCAAUGACUGUGGAUGCAGUAAGAAGCAGGAGCUUCUUGAACCUUCAGGCUCUUCAGACUCUCCUAGGAGACUCAGUAUGAUGGAGGCAGUGCUACUCCUCUCUUUCUCCAUCCACUUACCUGAGUGAGAUUAGAAGCUGCCCAGAACAGAGGGGCUGCUCUGCAUAUCCUCAUUCAAGCAUUCCCCUCCUUCUCCCACCACAUCCCCUGCCUGAAGAGAAUCGAGACGUAUCACACCUUUGAGAAGCCUUGCGAUUCUCGGAACAAGCUGCAUGCUCCCUGUCCUGACCUGAACCCAGAAUCACUGUACACACUACAGCACACUCAAUAGACUGAGAUAAGAUAGCUUGCACAUGCCUUGCCUUCAGAAGCUACACUAUAUUACAUUGGCCAAUGCACUUUACAGCACCAGCUGAGGGUUAAUAUUGUCUGUGUUCAGUGUAUGGUAUAGACCCAAUACGUAAAAUGACUUGUGGUACUGUACAUAACAGUAAAUGAUCAUGACAGACAUUUGUGAACUUUCAAAACAUUUUGGAGUCCACUUUACAAAAUGGUAAUUUACUUUGAAAAUGUCAGCAUUAACUGCAAGAAUCUCACCAUGUGUUUUUUGUAUCUCAGAUUUCAAAUGUUUCAACAUGAGCUUAGCAUUGACACAAACAAGACAAAUCAAUUGGACAGUACUGUAUGUGUGGAGUAAAAAGCUAAAAAGGUGAAAUUUUACAGUAACUGGACUUGUAGGUUACACUUUGAGGCAGAACAGAGAGGCACAUGUUCUCCCUUUCAUCUAGAAUCCAGUGAACCCAUAGUGCGCCCUCCUGUGGCUGCACACAAACUCACACACACACUGUGUCUGGCCCAUCAACACACUACUGAAUAGACUCACCAAAGAAAUGUGCCUUCUAUCCAAAACUAGAGAAGGAAUAUUGCCAUCCAUGGCAUGGUUUUACUAAGUGUUAUCUUUAAUCGGUUAUUUAGCAUCUACUGUAGUAACAGGGAACCAAUAUUACUAUAAGAAGAAGAAUUUGAAAUGCAGUAAUAUCCUGUUCACUAAAAUCAGCUGCUGCAGCUAAACGGUACAGUGCUACUGUAGUAACUGGCAUUCAUGACUUGCUAAUUUAGUUUACCCCCAUUCACAAACUUUCUUUUUGUUUAUGCUGAAGGCUAUGUUAUAAUAUAAAAUGUUAUUUUUUCUUUAAAUCUUUAGCAUGUGGUUUUUAAUGAUUACAUUUUUUUAAUUAAUGUUUUAUAAUUACCGGUAACCCUUAUUUUAAAAUAGUGUAAUCUUGCCAUCAGUUUUCAUAUGUCUUAUGCAGGGAGAAAAAUCAAUCUUGGUUUAGUACUGGUUUACAUUAUUGGGCCACUGGAUGUUUAAGAAAGAAUAUACUACAUACAGCAUGCUUCAACAUAACGAAUCGGUCAUAUUUUGCUACAAAAUGCCAGAUUGUUUGUGAGUAGUAAUUUUGCAUACAAUUUGUGCCACACAUUUUCUCCUUGAUGCUAAAUCUUAGUAAACAAGAGUAACUAUGCCUGCCCCACUCCUUUCUCAAGGAUCUGAGAGCUUUAAAAUGGGUGGCCUUUUUCAUAGUGAGCUGACCCCAUGUGCUUUCCAAAUAGCAAUAGGUUUGUCAUGUAUGUACUGUUGUGCUCCUUAAAAGUGCCUGACUUCUAUAAUAAACAUGACAUACGUUUUUUUUUUCCAUCAUACUGUAUUUUUGAUAUUAUAUAUAAAGAUAUUUUUGCUUUGCAUGUUUUACUAACUCAGUAGUACAAUAGAUAUAUAUACAAAACAGAGCAAGAUAAUAAAGCCAUUUUAAGUAUAUAUGUAUCCACUUUUGUUCAAGCUGGUUUAUAUAAUUAAAAAAUACAUAAUUAUUCAGAAUUAAAUGGUUGAUUUUGCCCAUAAUAAUGAGGUUGUGUUGUUAUGGUUAGAAAGAAAUGAGAAAUCUGGUGUAUUUUUGAGUAUAACAAGAUAAUCUAAUGUAAAUAAACCAAUGUGCUGUAAACAA